AUGCCUACUCAGCACCGCAUCCUCUCGCUCGUCUACAACGAGUUCGAAGCCCUCGACCUGUUCGGCCCAUUGGGCGCCAUCAUCCCCCGCAGCGACUACUACACUCUCGAGUUAGUCAACCUGCACAAUCUCGACUCGCCCCAUGGCAUCGAGACCUCCAUGAAGAACGGCAUCGGCGUGAUCCCGACCCUCUCACUGGCCGAGGCCCUCAGGGAGGACCAGCAGUUCGACACCCUGUUCAUCCCUGGUGGCUUCGGCAUGAUGCCGCUGGUCUGGGACCCGAUCCUGCUGCAGCGCAUCGGUCAGCUGGUCGACCGCGCCCCCAACGUCUUUACCGUAUGUACGGGCUCGAUCCUGCUGGCUGCGACCGGCCGGCUGGAUGGGCGGAAGGCGACGACGAACAAGCGGCUCUAUGACGAGCUGACUCCCAAGUACCCCGGUGUUCACUGGCAGAAGCGCGCCCGCUGGGUGCAGGACGGGAAAUUCCUGACUUCCUCCGGUGUCACGGCGGGUAUCGACGCGGGCUUUGCUUUCAUUGCAAGCACGUACGUCGCGCCAGACGACCGCCAGGCUCACCCGGAGGCUCAAAAGUUUUCUCCACAGGGCGAUGAGACUCCCAUUCCGGGCUUCAGCAAGGAAAAGGCUCUGCGUCAUGCCCACUUCAUCGCCUUUGGGUUGGAGUACCGCUGGCACUCGGAUCCUGCUGACGAUCCCUUUGUGGAUUUGCCAGGAACCAACGGCAACGCAUAG